AUGGGAAUCUGCAUCGAGAAACAGCAUAAUCGAAAAGGAUCAGUAUCCCUCUAUAAAGUCACCAUUCACAGGCGUGUCAUCACAACCAUGGUGACCUCAUGUCCCAAAGUGGUUUCUUCAUGGAUCAAAUGCCAUCUUCAAACGCCACGCAACUUCCAGAAGAAGGUGGUUGGCCUUGCCAUUGAAUGGCGUCCAAGUUUCAGGGUUCAGAACCCUGUUGCAAUCUUACAACUUUGCAUCAAACACUGUUGCCUCAUCUAUCAACUCUACCAAGCUUCUUCCAUCCCAAGGACCCUCAACAGAGCCCUUUGCAACCCCAACAUAAUGUUCAGUGGGGUGAAGAUAUCUCUGCUGAUGCAAAACGGCUGA